UCAACCCCGCCGCCACGAUGGCGACGGGUGAGCGGGUGGGGUCUUCGCUUCUGUGGCCUGUGGAGGCCCGGUUGGCGGCGCUGCUUCCCGACCUGCUGGUUUUCAGGAAGCCCCGGGGAUCGGAACCCGAGCUCACCACGGCCCAGGGCGUUCUCCUUGGCGUUCACGUGAUGGGGUUUACAGCAUUAAUGGACAGGUUCAGCCUGACCUGCAAGUCGGAACAGGACAUGGACAAACUGGCCCACAUCUUCAGUUAUUACAUUAGUGACAUCGUGGAGCAUGUGCUCUGUUUUGGAGGGGAUGUCCUAAAUAUCACAGGGAAUGUGCUCCUGGCACUCUGGACAGUGGAACAGAAUCAACUAAGUGACAUCAUUACUCUGGUGGCAAAAUGCAGUCUGGAGAUACAGGAGAAAUUUGGGAUCUACCAUACCAGAGAAGGCCAGGACCUGCAGCUAAAGAUAGGUCUGUCUGCAGGUCGGAUUUCCCAAGUUAUUGUUGGAGAUGAGCAGCGACAAUACUUCUUGGUGAUUGGACAAGAUGUGGACGAUGUCCAGUUAGCUCAGCGCUUGGCUCAGGCAAAUGAGAUUGUCUUGUCCUGGAACUGCUGGAAGCUCUGUGAGCAGUACAUGUUUGAAGUGGAAAUCAUGAGGGAGGAUGAAGCUGUGAAGUUAAGAGAUAUGCGAACCAUUGACCCAUUUGAUUUUGAUGAGCAUUUUGACAAGUGCCUCGAUUAUCUGCCCCAUUACCGGACAAGUUCUGACAUCCUAAGAACUGCCUUGGAGUUGGAUCCAGACUCUGCCCUUGAGAAAACCCUGCGGAAGCACAUAAUGAAAAACCUUUUGAAGAAGAUUGAUGAAGGCCAACCUAUGGAGUAUAUAUCGGAAUUCCGUACCAUGACUAUGGUUUUGGUCAGCCUAGAGUUCCACAAGACAGCACGGAUGUUGCAUUUCUGUCAUCUUAUCCAGGAGGCUGCCUUAUAUAUCUCCACAGUCAUAGAGACAGGGGGUGGCCAGCUGAUCCGGAUCUUUGUGUUUGAGAAACGCUGCACGUUCCUCUGUGGGUUUGGCCUUCCUGGGGAUAAGAAGCUAGAUGAGUGUACACGUGCCCUGGAGAGCUCCUUCAGCAUCUUCCGCUUCUGCUCGGAGAAUCUCGCUGAGAUCAAGCUUGUUUCCAUCAGUAUCACCAAUGGACCAGUCUUCUGUGGCAUGGUCGGGGCAGUAGCAAGACAUGAAUACACAGUGAUUGGUCCAAAAGUGAGCCUUGUGACCCGAAUGAUAACGGCUUAUCCAGGUUUGGUGUCCUGUGAUGAGGUAACAUAUCUAAGAUCCAUGCUACCUGCUUACAACUUCAAGAAACUGCCAGAGAAAAUGAUGAAAAACAUCUCCAACCCCGGGAAGAUGUAUGAAUAUCUUGGUCAUAGAAGAUGUAUAAUGUUUGGGAAGAGACAUUUGGCCAGAGAGAGAAAUAAAGAUCACCCUUUGUUAGACCGGGAGAAAGAACUGGAAGCCUUCCGAAUGGCACAGCAGGGAUGUUUGCAGCAGCAGAAGGGACGAGCAGUUGUGUAUGAAGGUGGAAAAGGCUAUGGCAAGAGUCAGCUGUUGGCCAAAAUAAACAUCCUGGCCCAGAAGGAAGGGCGCAGGGUGUUGCCAAUGAAGCUGAAGGAGGCAGAUUCCACGCAGUGCUUCUAUGCCAUUCAGACCCUCAUGGCCAUCUUCUUUGAGCUUGACACGUGCCCAGCCUGUUACCGGCAAGAGUGCCUGCACAUCCAGCUCCGUGGAGUGGUGGAAGAGCCACUGCACUGCCUCUUUAAUGACCUCUUCUUUGUGAAGGUAAUGAAGCAGUGGCUUCCUGAAUUGGAUUCGAAUGCCAUGAAAUCCACAGUGUACAGUAUUUCUCCUGCCAGCUCUGGAGAAGACCAGGAACUUUAUGUCUGCACAGUCAAGGAUGAUGUGAACUUGGACACAGUGCUUCUCCCACCAUUGUUAAAAGAAAUAGCAGUAAACCAGCUAGAUCAACUGAGCCCAGAAGAACAGUUGCUGAUUAAGUGCGCCGCCAUCAUUGGUCACUCCUUCCACCUGGAUCUGCUGCAGCACCUUCUGCCUGGCUGGGACAAACAGAAGCUACUUAGGGUGCUGAGGGCCCUCAUGGAUAUGCACGUGCUCCGCUGGUGCAGCAAGAGCCAGGAGCUUCCUGCUGAGCCAAUCUUGCUGCCUUCCUUGAUUGAGAUUAUUGAACAAACCAAAGAGACAAAGAAAACGUCGGAUGCUGGCUGUCCUCUCAGGCUACAGGAGGAACUAUCCCUACCCCAAACCGUGGUGCUGGAAUUUGGAGCGCCCCUGUUACGGGAAGCUGCGUGGGAGCUGUGGCCCAAGGCUCAGCUGAUAGCCCUGCACCUGGAAUGCGCCUGCUUUCUCCGAGAUUUGGCUUGCCGCUGCGGGAGCUGCUGUGGCGGGGACUUUGUCCCCUUCCACCGUUUUGCCGUUGGUUCUACUAAUUGCUCCAGGAGGACCUCCCGGUUCUGCAGUUACAGAAGUACUGGCUCGGUGCUAACACCAGUGAUCACAGACAGGUUGCAGCUGCCUUCUCCCCAAGAUAGCUUUCAGUUGCAGACAGAACCAUCCAGAAGUCUGGAGGCCUUCAUAAGUGAACACUGCAGAACAGAGGAUGAGUUCCUGGAUGAAGUGAACAGGAGGCUGGCUCAGACCAGCCACAAGAAAGACAGAUUGGCCACAAAGCCCUGUCACUGUGAGCAAAUCCUGAAGUCGGUGCUCUCACCUCUCACCCAGCACUGCCUGGUCAUCGGAGAAAACACUUGUGCAUUUUAUUACCUGCUGGAGGCUGCUGCCGCCUCCCUGGACCUGUCUGAUAAUUACAUGGCCUUCUUUUAUUUGAGAAAGGCAAGUAGUCUUCUGGGCCAACCCUCAGCAUUCUCAUUCUUGAAAAAGCGCAAGGUGAAGAUCUCUCAGUUUGAGGAGGCCACUUUCUGCCAUCUUCGGUCAGAGGUCUGUUUCAACAUGGGACAGAUCGCCUUGGCCAAAAAACUGGCUAGGCAAGCCCUUCGACUGCUGAAAAGGAGUUUCCCUUGGACCUGGUUUGGUGUCCUUUUCCAAACAUUCCUAGAAAAAGAUUGGCAUUCCUGUUCCCCGAGCCAACCUUCAAACAACCCUAGUGAGAAGAAGAAGAGCUUGGCUGUCCUGCAGCAGCAGGUGCACUGCCUCUCCCUGCUCGGGCAGCUCUAUAACCUGGAGGCCACACCCAGCAGCCGCAGGUUUGCCUGCCUGGCUGCUCUCAUGCAGAAGAAUUCAGCCGAGGAGCUUGCGCAUGACCCCCAGGUUGUCUCCACCUACGUGGCCCUCUCGCAGUUCUCCCAGAAUGUGGGUGACAGGGACAAAUGGCUGCACUGCGAGCAGAUGGCCAUUCAGAAGAGCAGCCUGUGCUGGUUCUCCAGGGAGGGACUGCUGGCCACCGCCCGGCUCCUGCAGGCCCUGGCCUACACCAAACUCUGCCUCGGCCACCUUGAGUGCUCCAUCAAGCUGGGUUUUCAAGCCCAUGAGAUAUGCAGACACCUCAAAAGACCAGCUCUGGAGAAUCUCGUUCUCUCAGUUCUCUUCAGAUCUGCAUUUCUGAAGAAGAAAUUUGAUCUGUGUGUCCAUGUGCUGGAGAGUCAGAGGGCACUCAUUUCCCGGUAUCACGAUGUCCUUGGCCUCGCCUGCUUCUAUUCUGCUUGCUUAGAUCUGCUGCUCUAUGGAAAAGGAUCGCUGUGUCGGCCCUUUGGGGAGUGUCUACAUUUCAUUCAACACUAUGAGCACAGCUGCGUUCUAACCUCUCGGAGCAAUGUCAUGCUGGGGUUCCACUCCUCUCUGGCUCUGUGGUUUGCCCAACACUCGCAGUGGGACCUGUUUGAACACCACUUCUCCAAGGCUCACCAGUUGGUGAAAAGAACCAAUGCCUCACUGUUUGGUUCACAUGGCUUUGUCCGAUUCCUCGAGUGUCACGUGCUAAUGUUACAGAAACUGCCAGGGGGUGUCUUCAUGCAUAUUCCCCCAGAGACUCACAGUCAAACCCUCAAGUACUUUAAGGAGUUCUUCUCUCGGUGUGCAACCUGCCCUGUCUACUACCAGUGGGUGUCUGAGCUUAAAGCCUCCGUAAUGAGAUGUGGAAAGAGAGAACUCAUGUCCUUGACAAACAUUACCCGUCCUUUUGACACCUGCUUGACCAGGAUUUGGGUAGAGGGAGAAUUCCUGGAGGAAGACAACUCCUUUGAAGACAGUUUAGGAAUAUAGAGAUUUGACAGAGUGGCUGAAGCCAAGGAGAACAGGGAUAAAGAAGAAAUUCAAGAAUAUAUAUGUUGAAACAAACAAAAAUCAUCUAAAGG